AUGGCCGAUCUUCGGCCCGAAGUCAUAACCAACUGGCGUCACGGUGUGACACAUCGUUUUUCUCUUUCACGACGACGACCACUUGACGACCACGAAGAGAUGGACCCACCAGUGUAUUACUCCAAAGCAGAGUACAUAGAAACGGACACAGGCAACAAAGUUUCGCGUCGAGCGACAAUUGCAGGUCCUCAAAACAUCAUUCUUGGCGGCAAAACCAUUAUCUCCAGCGGUGCCAUCAUUCGCGGAGACCUUCGACGGACAGGCGCCGGCCACGCUGUCGUUAUCUCGCUUGGUCGAUACUGUUUGGUCGGGGAAGGCUGCGUAAUGCGACCACCUUACAAAACAUACCGCGGCAACUUCAACUACUACCCCAUGAAAAUUGGAGACCAUGUUCACAUAGGAGCCAACAGCGUUGUUGAAGCCGCCACCAUCGGCAACCAUGUCGAGAUUGGCCGCAAUUGUGUUAUUGGGAAAUUCACCAUCAUCAAGGACUGCGCCAAGGUCGCAGACGGUAGCAUCGUUCCGCCGAAUACCGUUAUUCCGGCGUUGUCUCUUUUUUCGGGCUCCCCAGCGCAUUUUGUGGAGGAUUUGCCGGAGUCGACGCAAGAUAUUGUCGAAUCACAUACCAAGCGGUAUUAUACGCGCUUUCAGCCAUUGGACCGAUGA